AUGAUGAACAGUCGAGCUAAUAUCCGACCAUAUAAUCCUCAUGUUCUUGUUGGAAAUUGGUAUGAAGAUAGAGUUAUGGAGGAAGAAGUAUUAAAAGAUUUUCUUGCUAAACGUUAUUCUGGUCAAUUAUCAUCACAAAAAAUGACUGAAGUUGAACGUAUGUCACAAACAAUUCCAUUAAGUGUACCUGCAAGUGAUGGUUUACUUCGUUUUGGUCAUCAAACAAUGCUUGUUAAUACAUUCAUUUAUUCAGCUCAACAUACAGGAGAAAAAUCACAAUUAAAUUGUUGUUUAGCAACUGGUAUUCCACAUUUAUCAGGUACAAAUGAUGGUGCAACUGAAAUAACAGCUACAGGAACAACAUUAAUGCGUCCUACACUUCGUUCAACUUUUAUUAUUCGAAAACCAAAUCUUUCGGUUAAUUCUGAAUCAAUUAAAUAUGGUGAUGAGAUACUUAUAUCGGAUACAAAUGGAGAAUUAUUUUUAACUUCUGUUAAAAGUUCAACACGUGCAGGACGAACAUGUGAUGUUAUUUUUACUAAUAAUCAAAAUCGAAAUAGUGUAUGGAUUGUUACGCAUUCAAAUAUAAAUUUAAGAUUAGAAUUUGAUGGAUCAGAAGUGAAGAUUGAUAAUAAAAUUGUUCUUACUCAUGCAGCAACUAAUAAAUGUUUAUCGGUUAAUCCUGAACAUUCGAAUAGAUCACCAUAUGGACGUGAAUAUGAACUUUUAUGCGAAUUAUCUACGGGUAAUAUUGCUGCAUACAAAGCUCCUAUUCUUUGGAAAUUUCAAACUCAAUCAGCAUAUUAA